AUGGAAGUGUCGGAUGGAUCACGCAAACGCCGGCGUAUAAUCCCUAGCAGAACAGUCUUCAAUACGGUGGACAUUGAAUCGCCGGCGCAUGAGAGAGAAGAUCAACACUCUGCAACCAGUCGCUCUACCCAAGAAAGUGGCCUUCCUCCUAUUGGCACUGCGCGUGAACAGAAUUUGAGGCUUGAAACACACAUUCAUCCGAACAACAGCAGUUCAAGAGUGCCAGUUCCGACAGAGAGGAUAAGAAGCGGAAAUGCCAGUUCUACGCAACAUGCCACCACAUCGGAGCCCUGGCUGUCACUCCGUCAUCCACUCUCACCUUCAUCCCCGGAUACCGUACGCCAUUGGAGCUCGUGGCAUUUUGUAAAGACUGGUCUGAUCACUGCACAAGAAGCAGUCACGUACAUUGAUCUAUUUUUCCGCAAUAUGAAUACGCUAUCGCCAAUCCUCCACUCCUUCUACAGCGAUCACACCAAGCACGGUGACCUCAUCUCUCGAGAACCUGUGCUUUGCUGUGCUAUAAUUGCGUUAUCAGCUCGGUAUCAUAUAUUGGAUGUGGACGGGGCUGUUACACGGUGUUUUUACAUCCACGAUCGCCUGUGGGAACACUGCCAAAUAUUGUUUCAACGCUUGGUCUGGAAGCAACGGCGAGCGGUCAAUGACCAGAUGGCUCACCUUGGUACAAUCGAGACCUUUUUGUUAGCUGCGGAAUGGCACCCCCGCUGUGUCCAUCUUCCCAUUGAGACUGACUACUGGCAGCCAGAGAUGGCUCUCUCUGAUGAAGAGCAGACAACUUCUCUUAGCAAAGUGCCGAACAAGUGGCUUCGGGAAGUGGAGGAAGCCGCUCACAGAUCAGAUCGCAUGUCUUGGAUGCUCCUUGGAAAUGCGUUAUCUCUGAGUCACGAACUCGAUAUCUUCUCAGAUGAAGAUGACGUCCCAGCAGAUAUGCUUGACUCAGCGUCUGAACUGUCAUUCGCAAAUUUCCUUCGUCUCCGGCGCCACCGAGUGGGCAAACUCCUCUUUGUAUAUAUAAGCCAACUUGCGUCACGAAUUGGCUGCUCUUUGCCGCGAACGCCGUUUCACGACAGUGUGCUGUCCUCAUUAAAACCCCCCGAAUCCAAGUUGGACAAUGAGUGGCACGAGUACAUGACUUCCUGGAUAGAACUCAGCCGACUAAUAAGGACAUCAUCCGACUUUCUCUUUCCCUCGAAGAAAGUGACUCAGGAGCUCGUACGAAGCGGUCGGUAUGCAGCCUUUCUAGGGCAUUUUCGCCCACUACUUUCUCAAUGGUUUGACAAGUUCAAGAGGCGUAUAGGUAAGACAGAUUCUUUUCGAACUAUUGCUUAUAUCCUCAUCCUAGUCGACUAUCAUUUUGUGCGCGUCUACAUCAACUCCGUGGCGUUGCAAGCCGUUGCGGGACGACUGUCUAAAGACGACGGGCGAGUAAGAAAUCCACAUCUUAUGGAUAACCAGGAUUCCGACUUUGUUCGUGAAGUCAUCGAUGCAAGUAGUAGAGUCCUAGAGAUGGUGAUUGAGCUAUCUCGAGAUGGCAACUUAAAAUAUCUGCCUGUCCGCAUAUUCAUUAGGGUCGCUUCUGCCUCGAUGUAUUUGAUCAAUGCCCUAGCGCUGGGUGUACGUGGUAACGAGUUGGACCGGUUGUUGGGUUUGUUAGAUCGUACAGUUGAAGCGCUCUGCCUGAACGCCGUCGACGAUGUGCAUCUCGGCUUUCGAUAUGCUGUAUUAUUGAAAGAAAACACAAAGGGCCUCAGAGAACGGUUUAUCCGUGUUGAUCCCCCGCCUAUGCAGGCGCCAUUCUCCUUUGACGAUGCAAAUGCAUUCCUCGGCAACCCCACAGGUAUCAUCGACACCGAGGAUGCGCAACAAAAUGUUCAAACAGAUAUAGCAGGCCACGAAGCUAAUAUAGGGCCGACUUUCUUGAUGUCUACUCCAGAAUCUGGACAGGAAAUGCUGAGCGUAAGCUCUAUGCCGGACCAAUUCCCGAUGGCAGGCGACUUUUCCCGGGACGAGUGGUUUGCCUUACCAUUCUCCGAGGCCGAGCUUGGGAAGCCCUUUAUGUCAUACUUUUUUGGCAUUGAGCCUGGAGACGAAAGAUUCUUUUGGGACAUUGCCUAG